AAGGCAUCAUCAAAUUCAUAUAAACUUUGAAAAAAAACUCUUCUAUUUCGAAAGCUAUUUUUGCUUCAAUUAAAAAAUCAUGAAUACUAGAUCUACUAAAAAAAAUAAUCCACCGUCAUCGAAUACCAAUGUUAAAAAUAACAAAAAUGAAAUUUAUAAAAAAAUGCCAAAUUCAACGGAAAUGUAUUACAAUUCGCAUCAAACGCCUCAUAACACAUAUAACGAAGAUUAUAUUAAUGAAAUAGUUGUUCAAUUAAAUUCAUCGCUUGAUAGUAACGGUAAACUUGAAGUUGAAGCGAGAAAACUUCGAGAUGAACUUGACAAAUAUAAAAUAAUGUGUGAUAAAUACAACGAGAAAUAUGUGGAAUUAUUAACUAAAAACAAUGAAGAAACAAAUCAACGUGAUGUGGCUAUUAGAAAUUUGAAGAGUGAAAUCAAGGAACGGGAACAACGUUUAAAGGAUGUCCAACGAUUAGAAAAUCGAGUACAACAUUUAGAAAAAGAAAAAGAAGAGUUAGAAGUUAAAAAUAAUAACUUAGUUCAAAGAAAUGGCAAUUUGGAAACUCAAUUAGAAGAUCUUACUAAACAAAAUGCUUUAUUAGAAGACGAAGCGUCAAGUUAUCAAUCUGCUCUCGGUGUAGCUACAAAUUUUCAACUAGGAGAUGAUGAUCAAAAUAAUGCUGUAAAUUUAAAUGGAGAUAUUUUAGAAUUAAACGACAAUAUAAAGAAAUAUAUAACAAAUUUAAAGCAAGAUAUUAUUGUUAAUAUGGAAGAAGUUAAAAAACUUUUAUUACUUUAUAACUGUCCAACUAGAAUCCAGAACCAAAAAGAAGAUCGACUACUUAUUCAAGCAGUUUUACACCGGCACGUCAUGGAAAAAAUUUUCGAAUAUGCAAGUCAAUAUUUUCAAAGCACAGGAAAACAUUAUCAUCUUGAAUCGGACAUUGCUAAAAACGAAUCCACAUUAUCCUUAUUAUUAAUUCAUGCCUCCAAAUGUCGUUCUGGAAAUGAUGAAGUAACGCGCGUUGGACCAUCGAAAUUGCGUCAACAAAUCUAUUCGGUCCUUAGCAAUCGCGGAUUUGCCGAUAUUAUUGGAGUAGGUAAAACUCUUCAUGAACACCCUUUCAUUGCUUACCAUAAAGAAAAAUUAAACAAAAUUAUGAAUGAACUACGUGUGAUCAAUAGUAAUCAAAAGAAAAUCACUUCUGAAAAUUUGGCAGCGACUAUCAUUCGUAAAGUUGUAAAGAUAUUUUGGUUUAGAUUGAAAGUUCAGGAACCCGUUGUACAAUAUCGUUGGAUUCAGAAUAAUACAUUAGUGGAUAAAACAUUAGUGGAAGUAGCCAAUUUGGAUGAUAAAGAUGAAGUUGUAAAUUCAUAUGUUGAUUUAUGUUUCUUCCCUUUAAUUGGAAGAGAUAUUGAUUCAAAUAAUCGAAAAAUAUAUACUCUUGCAAAGGUCAUCGCAAAACCAACAUCAAAUUUAAGAGCAUCAACAAGACAACAAAGAAACUACUAAAAUAGCGUUGGCAAUCAAAUUCUAUAAUAAAAUAAGAGUAAAAAUAAAUAGAUAUCUUUGAGUUUAUUACAUUUUUGAGUUUAUUACUUAUCAUAUAUUGUACGUUGUAUAUUACGACUUUUAUUUGAUAAAUUAAUAAAGGCUUAUAUAUGAUUUAUUU